AUGUUCAUUCUCUGUUUAUUAACAGCCUUUAUAUGGGGUAUAACGAAUUGGUUUUUAAAACAGGGUUCGACAGGUUUACAAAAAAUUAAAUAUGACAAUCGAGUAAAACAAUUUGGUGCUGAAAUCUGGUAUUUUCUCACCAAUGCACAAUAUUGGAUUCCAUUUUUAUUAAAUCAAUGUGGUUCUGUACUUUAUUAUUAUAGUCUUUCAAAAACUGAUUUUUCGACCGCCGUACCUGUAACCAAUGCUUUGACACUUUUGAUAACAUAUUUAUGUGAUGUUAUUUCACGUCCACAAUUAUUAAAUUCAAGAUUUUUAAUUGGUAUGUUAUGUGUCACAAGUGGAGUGGCUCUUUGUGUUAUAUCCAAACCUCAUUAA